CACGAAACCGGUUCCCGCUUCGGAUAUUCUUUCGACGGAGGCGCAGACGAGCUCGCGAGCCAGUAGGUGCCCCGAGCCCACCCGAGUCCCCUCGAGACGUCACCGUUCCCUGGCAACGGAGGAAGACGGGGAAAAUGCUGGGGCGGUUGUCGGUCGCGGUCAGACGCGGUUCUGCCUUCGUCUGCGGUGCGACGGGGAGGCUCUCCGAGAGUCUGCUGGGAUCGUGGAGUGUCGGGUGCGACUCCGCCGGAUUCAAGAUUGGGAUCUGCCCAGGUCGGUUUGCCCAUUCGACGGUCAUGAAACGACCACGGCCGCUGGUCCUGUGUGGCCCGUCGGGCUGCGGGAAGUCCACCCUCACUACCUUGCUCAUGAAGGAUUUUGGAGAUUACAUCAGAUUCUCUGUGUCCCACACGACCAGGCCUCCAAGAUCUGGAGAGCUGAAUGGGGUUCACUACUAUUUUGUGAAUCGAGAGGAUAUGGAAGAGGACAUCAACCGAGGAGACUUCAUAGAGUCGGCUGAAUAUUCUGGAAACCUGUAUGGGACAAGUAAGAGAGCCAUCGAAGAGGUGCAGGAGAUGGGGAAGAUCUGCCUCUUGGACAUUGACAUUCAAGGUGUAAAGCAGUUGAAAUCGACUCCCUUGAAUCCCCUGUACAUCUUUGUGAAGCCUCCCAACCUGGACGAGCUGGAGAAGAGGCUGCGAAGCAGAGGCACGGAAACGGAUGAGUCCAUACAGAGGAGACUUCAAGUUGCUGAGCGUGAAUUGGAACUGGGAAUGAAGCCGGGAUACUUCGACCUGGUGAUAGUGAACGACGACCUCGAAGCGGCGUACAAACACCUGAAGCGGGCAGUCGGGGAACUGGUAGACCAGGCUCGUGUUUGAUUCGCUGCUGCCGUCUUCCCUCUUCUCACUUCUAUCGAUCUCUAUUUGGCCUCUAUUCCUGGCUAUUCUUGACUGCCACCUUGAUCUUGAAGCAUUCUCUUCCUCACCUCAGUACUUCUUGGUUGCUAUCUAACUAGAGUCCUCCAAUAAGUAAUGAUGUGGCCUUACUGCAGAUGAUCAAACAAUUACUUUUUUCAUGGGGAACAUGAAUGGUAUGAGGGAAGCGGCUAUAAACUCAACAGUUGAUGUUUUGCAAUACUGUAUCCCCAAUAUCAUUAUACUGAAACUGAAAUUUAUUUCUGUACCCUUUGGAUUUUUCCCAUGUCUAAGUGACAUUGCUGUUUUUAGUUGCUCCACAGGAAAUGCAUGAUUGAAGCUUGCCAGUCUGUAAUUUGGCAUUAUAUUAUAACGUAUUCAUACAUCAACAAGCCUGUCCCACUCUGACGUUUUAUUCUGAAUUUGUUUGGAUAAAAUUGACCCAUAGAUUAUCCUUAUGCAAUAAUUGCAUAUUGUACCAUUUGGCAUAAAUAUGUAUUCCAAUGAACCUGAAUGCAGUUGUGAAAAGGUGACAUUUUGAUUUGCUAUGUCCUAUCAAGAGAUGAACCUGUGCUCCUCCUUUUACUGCAGUGUCAGGAAAGCCUGGAUGUGUAGUCAUUUGCUUGUCUUUGUGUUAGUCUUAAUCUUUAUCUGGCAAACUAAUGACUGACAACCACUGGCCUCCUGCAUUUGAACCAAAAACUUGGAGAAACCCUCCAACAGUAGCAAUCCUCGUGUAGAUGGUGAGGCCAAAAUAAUGAGAGAUGUAAAGGAAAGAGGAGAAUACCAGAGGUUACAUGGACAAGGUCUUCUUGGGAUGGUUCUUGAAUGGAGCCCACUGCUUUGCUCUGCUUCUAUACCAAAGUUGAAAAUUUAAAUUCAUGAUGAAUUUUUUACUUGAUGAAACUUUAAUAUAAUUGUCAAGUUACAUUACAUUUUGAAUUGUGGCAAAAUUUUGAUCAAAUUGGAAGAUGUAUUUCCACAAGUUAAGGUAUAUUUGGUACUGACAGGCAUCCAGCCAAUGGUGAUGGGGACCUUGCUUCUUGUUGAAUGAAAGGAGGCUUGUUGAACAUGAAACAUUGAUACCAGAGCAUUUUGGCUGUGGAUUCUGUGGUUAUUGUUUUUUUCUGGGUUUUCCCCACACUGUUUUGAGCUGCACUAAUUUGUGGCAUGGGAAGAGUCUUCCCCCCUGAGUUUGGUAUGAUGUAACUUUAGUGACAGUGGGUGAACCAACUGUGGUUGGAAGUUAACUGAAUGGGGCUGCAGACACUGACCACAUUCACUGUUCAUUAGGCUGAACCCAGAGCCUUUGAUAGGAUUUUUCAUUUAAUGUGCAAGACUUCUCAGCAUUGAUGUUCUCAAUGAAAUUGCACCAUAUCACACCAUCCAGUAUUGGAUCAAAAUGUGUAGGCAAGCUUACAUGAUUUUCUCAGAUUUUAUUUAAGUAGUGUGAAUGGAGAAAAAGAACUUCUCUUUUUCUAAUUAUUUCCCACUCCAGUUUCAGAAAUAUGAUAUGGUGGCACUGUAGGAAGCCCUUACUGUACUCUGUGAUGAUUAAGAUUUCAAAUAGUGGGCAGGGUCGUGAAUAUUUCACCACUCCUUCAUUUAUCAAACAGACUCCAUUUCAGGUCUAUUAAUGUGAUGAUUUUGUCUGCUUAUGAAAUUCACACUGGUGAUGGUGGUGGUGGGACACCUGAUGUUUUUCCAUUCGGUCUUUUAAAGUUUUUACUUGAUUUGGUUUUUGCCUUUUUGAUGUUUUGCUACUCUUAUUUUUCCUAUUCAUAUAAUUGUUCUUUUUCUAGUGCUAUUUGAUCUGAGAUAAGUAACUGCUGCUUCAAAAAGACUAAAUGAAUUGUAAUUGAGAGGCAAACAUACAGCUUUGAAGUUUGGUUUCAUAAUAAUCUUAUCAACCAGGAUGUAAACUGGGGAGCAAGCCCUUUUUUCCUUUUGUAAACACCUGAAACAUCACAAGGUCAAUGAGCAUUCAAUGUUAAUUUUAUUUUCAUUCCCUUUCGUUUCUUUUGAUCCCUAUAAACAUUUUUUUUUCUUAGUCAUUUGGAGUCUUUGUGACCUAGCACCACUCAUUGGACUGAUACACUCUUUGGAAAAAGACAUAGUUCAUUAUGGUGAUUCACAGAAACAUGAUUCAAUAUUCUUGAGGGAUUUUUUUUUUCAAUACUUUGGAAUCCUUGGCAUCACCUUCAUCAAUGUGCAGUCUCAUGUUGCCAUUCUCAUGAUUGCAUUAUCAUAUCUUAUGGCUUCUGUAGAGAUGGGGCACUCUCUUUUCAUCUCACUUGCAUUCCUUUAUCCUUGAUGCGUACUUUUGCUGCCAAGGAUGCCUACAGGGGUGCAUGGGAACGGGAAGGAGGAGAUUGGUUUCCGGCCAAAUUUCAAGUCUACCUCUCCCAUAAAGAGAUAAAAACUAUUUUGCUUCUCAAAAAAGUAUUUCUCUUCCACUUAUGACUGCCAGGCUGAUGAAAAUUUUCAUCUUUUUCUUUAGAUGUAUUUGAAUCUCCCUUUAGCAAUAAUAUUGCAUGAUUUUUAUUUGAUGUGACUCUUGCAGCAAUUGUUGUAGCACUGAAGUGAUGACCUAGACUUGUUUUUACUCAAGGAGCAUAUCUUAUCUUGUCAUAGCAAUCUUCUUACCGUCCUGUAAUUUCUGAUUGUCGUUCUAUAUUCCCACAGUGGAAUUAGUAUUGUGGCACAUUCCAAGUAGGUGCAUCUUCUGGUGCCCUUAAUUUGUUUUCCCACAAGUUAGCUAUUUUGGUAUCGCACUUGUGUGUAUUUGCAGCAAAUUCAUCACAAACUCUGUGAUAGAAGUUAGUGUCACUAGAGAACAGGCUGGGCUCCUUAAUCAGAUCAGUGUCUCUAAUAUUUCUCAUCCUAUUAUUAUCUCUAUGUUGAUGCUCGUGAUGGUAUUUGGAAUCGCAAAUCUAUUUCUGCAUUAAAGGGA